GCGUGGCUCCAGGAGCACGCAGCGUGUCAUGUGAACAGCUGUGUCCAAUCACAGCUGAUUGCAUGGGACAUGUACACUGAUCAUCAGGGCACUGGUGAUCAGUGUGCCCUGAUGAUCAGUGUAGCCCCAGCAGUGCCACCUAUCAGUGUCCAUUAAUGCCACCUGCCAGUGCCCAUCAGUGCCACAUCAAUGCCACAUAUCAGUGCCUACCAGUGCACAUCAAUGCAACAUAUCAGUGCCCAUCUAAGCUGCCUUUCAGUGUCACCCAUCAGUGCCAGUCAGUGCCACCUAUCAAUGCCAGUCAGUGCCACCUAUAAGUAUCGCCUAUCAGUGCCAGUCAGUGCCGCCUAUCAG